AUAUAUAUAUAUAUAUUACAGUUAGCAGAUAAAGAAAGAGAGAGAUUUAAGAGAGAGAGAGAGAGAUGGCGCAGUGUGUUGAGAAAGAAAGAGUAUGUGUAACAGGUGCAGGAGGAUACGUGGCAUCAUGGGUGGUGAAGUUUCUCCUUUCAAAUGGCUACAUGGUCCAUGGAACUGUUAGAGACCCUUGUGAUGAAAAAAAGAAUGGUCAUCUGAAGAAACUGAAAAAUGCUACGGAAAAUCUGCAACUCUUCAAGACAGACUUGCUAGACUAUGAAGGUCUCUGUGCUGCCAUUGCUGGAUGCACCGGGGUUCUCCACGUUGCCUGUCCAGUUCCUGCUGUCCGUGACGUGCCUAAUCCCGAGGCAGAACUCCUGGAACCAGCUAUUACAGGUACGCGGAAUGUAUUAAAUGCAUGUCUCAAUGCUAAGGUGAAAAAGGUUGUGGUUGUGUCAUCUGUUGGUGCGGUUAUGGUGAACCCUAAUUGGCCCAAGGAUCAGGCCAUGGACGAAAACUGUUGGACGGAUGGGGAACAUUGCAAAACACUUAAGUUAUGGUAUUGCCUUGGGAAAACUUUAGCAGAGAGUGAGGCUCUGGAGUAUGCAAGAAGAAAUGAGCUCAACCUUGUAACAGUGUGUCCAUCCAUUUGCAUAGGGCCAAUGCUACAAUCCACAGUGAAUGCUAGUAGCUUAUUUCUCCUGCACUAUUUGAAAGAUGGAAAAGAAUCUGUGGAAGACGAAGAUCGUAUUGUUGUAGAUGUGCGUGAUGUGGCCGAUGCAAUCCUCCUGGCAUAUGAAAAGCCUGAAGCAGAGGGGAGAUAUAUAUGUUCAUCACACACGGUUCGAUCAAGGGCUUUGGUGGAAAUGUUGAAGGGCAUGUAUCCCAACUACAAUUACCCAAAAAGUUUUACUGAAGUAAAGCAGGAUGCGAAGAUUAGUUCUGAGAAGUUGCAGAAUUUGGGAUGGAAGUUUAGGCCAUUAGAAGAGACCAUAGUCGACGCUGUUAAGAACUAUGAGGAGAGUGGUUUGUUGGGUAAUGAAUAGCAACAAAUGUAUGUUGCAGAAAUGUAUUUGAUACAAGGUUGUCCAUACUGGGAGGUUCUUUUACAACGUGUUUAUCCUUCUCAAAGGUGUCUUUCUGUAAAUUGAAGCAUGCAUCUCUAGUUUCCUUUUA